AUGGAAGCCCCUUAUCCGAUCGACACAGUCGCGCUGCCUACUGAUUUUCAUCCUCGACAUUGUCCCGGUCCUGUGUUCGGUGACGGAGACGGGGUCUUCCAGCCUGCAUCGCCAGGCAAGUAUAACUGUACAUCUGAGCUUCCGGUUCCUCAUGCUUUUUCACGUUCCAGUGCGUUGGUCCAUGAAUCUGUUCCUCGUGUAGCUGAUAUGCGGAUCUAUUACCACAAUGUGCGUGGGCUGCGCACCAAAAUCGACUCAUUUUUCCUAGCAGUUUCUGAAGGAGAUUAUGAUUUAAUUGUGCUUACCGAAACAUGGCUCGAUGACCGUAUCUUCUCAGCGCAACUUUUUGGGAACCGCUACACAGUUUUCCGGAACGACCGAUCUCAUCUGAACAGCCAAAAGACGCGAGGCGGAGGUGUCUUAAUAGCUGUUUCAGUGAAGUUGAGUUGUCGCAUCGAUCCUGCACCUGUUUUCAACACUGUCGAGCAGUUGUGGGUGAUAGUGGAAACGGCAAAUAGCGACAUUAGUAUUGGUGUCGUAUACAUACCCCCUGAUCGAAAGUCCGAUUCUCAGGUGAUUCAACAGCACAUUGACUCGAUUGGCAUGGUACUAUCCCGCUUGCAACUUAAAACUCCUGCUCUACUUUUUGGAGACUACAACCAAUCUGGUUUGCGUUGGUUUAUCUCGGACAAUGGUCACCCUUCAGUGGACACGCUGCAUUCUAAUAUGCCCGCUUAUUGCUGUUCUCUUCUCGAUGGACUCUACUGGCAUGGUCUGACACAAGUCAACAAUAUUUUGAUUGAUAACGAACGUUUGCUGGAUCUUGUAUGGGUAAAUGAUGAAACUUUGCCAAUUUGUUCUGUAUCUGCUGCACACGAGCCGCUGGUCGAGCUUGAAGCUGUUCAUCCUGCUAUCGUUCUCUCGUUAAACCUCUCCUCGACAAUAGUGUACGACGAGCCUUCGGAACUUAGGGCUUUGAAUUUUCGACGUGCUGACUACGCCACACUUACUGCGGCUCUUGCGGAGAUAAACUGGAAUGCUGUAUUGGAACCAUCCAUUAGUAUCGACAAUGCAGUUAAUUCUUUCAGUAGUACGCUGGAAAGUGUGCUCGCCCAAACAGUGCCAUUCUUUGAACCGCCACGAAAGCCACCAUGGUCGAAUCCACGACUACGCACGCUUAGGCGAUUGCGAUCAGCUGCGCUGCGGAAAUAUUGUUGUUAUCGCUCUGCUUAUAACAGAAAUCAGUUCACCACUGCCAGCUGUCAAUAUCGAAACUACAACCGCUAUUUGUAUAAUAGAAAGCGUGUCCCUAUCGAAUACGAUUAUACCAUAUCGUCACAACAUCUUCUCCGUGUACAGUGCGUGAAAGAUCUUGGAGUGUACUUAGAUAGCGAGCUGACAUUCAAGAACCAUUAUAACAACAUUAUCGCCAAAGCAACCCGUCGAUUGGGGUUCAUUUUCAAGAUUGCCGAUGAAUUCCGUGACCCAUUAUGUUUCAAUACAUAA